AUGUCUCACACUUUCCUCAUUGAUACCUUGUACUGCUCCGAAGAACACUGGGAGGAACAAGAUGAGUUAGAAUUCGAGUACAAUAAUGUUUCCUUAAACAACACAAUAACAAACUCUACUCAAUCUUUGUUCCUAGAAACCGACAUGUUUUGGGACGAUGAAGAACUCAAAUCACUUCUCUCCAAAGAACAACAAAACCCUCUUCACAUCUUCCUCCAAACCAACCCUGUGUUGGAAUCUUCGCGUAGAGAAUCCAUUCACUGGAUUCUGAAAGUCAAUGCUCAUUACUCCUUCUCACCUCUCACAGCUGUUCUUGCUGUCAACUACCUCGAUAGGUUUCUCUUCAGCUUCCGGUUUCAGAAUGACAAGCCAUGGAUGACUCAGCUUUCUGCUGUUGCUUCUCUCUCUCUUGCUGCUAAACUUGAAGAAACCCAAGUUCCUCUUUUACUAGAUCUUCAAGUUGAGGAAAGUAGAUACUUGUUUGAAGCAAAGACGAUAAAAAAGAUGGAGAUUUUGAUUCUUUCAACACUCGGGUGGAAGAUGAAUCCAGCAACACCUCUUUCUUUUAUUGAUUAUAUGAUUAGAAGACUUGGAUUGAAAGAUCUUCUUUGUUGGGAAUUUCUUCAUAGAUGUCAAGAUGUUGUUCUUUCUGUCCUUAGAUCAGAUUCAAAGUUUAUGAGUUAUCUACCUUCUGUUUUGGCAACUGCUGCAAUGAUUCAUGUUUUCAACAGUGUUGACCCUAGUUUAGGAGAUGAAUACAAAAACCAGCUUCUAAAUAUUCUUGGAAUCAACAAAGAAAAAGUGGAUGAAUGUGGGAAGCUGAUGAUGAAACUUUGGUCAGAAUAUGGAGAAGAGAAUGAGAAUCAAUUGAACAAACGUAAAUUUGACUCAAUUCCAAGUAGUCCAAAUGGUGUAAUGGAUGUGUCAUUUAGCUGUGAAAAUUCCAAUGAUUCAUGGGCUGUAGCAGCAACAGUUUCAGUAUCAUCUUCACCAGAGCCUUUGUCAAAGAGGAUCAAAAUUAAGAAAAGUCUCUAUUAA